CAUACUCUUGAACUGUUUCAUAUACAAAUUACACAUCUCUACCACACUGGUAAUCCUGUCAUGUAUAAAUAACGUAACUCUCAAGGCGAGAGAGCUCUCAGCCAAGACAAGAAACAAAAAAAAAAAAAAAAAGACUUCAAAUUUUUUACCAUGGCAGAAGAAUUUCAUUCCGGGAUUUGUGGAUGGACAUGGUGGAAUUCGUCGAAAACCAUGUUCUCAGGGUGUUCUUCGCCGUGUUCUACGGGGAUUGUUGACAUGGGAAGCUGCGGAUGGGCUACUGAUAUGGUGGAUAUCAAGGCAAGGUCUUGUGAUCAGGAAUCUAACAACUCGGUUUCUGAUCAUAGCUCUAUAGUUUUCCAGGGUGCUCAUCAUCAAAAGCCUCAGCAAGCAGAUGCUGAUAGUGGUGGCAGCUGUAUUUUGAUUGAUUCUACCUUACAAAUGAUGGGUUUCGGCCUUUCAUCAUCGACAACAUCGGAUUGGAACCAAUCUUUGCUUACUCAGAAUAAUGGGAGACCUGAGAGUUAUAAUUCAGUUCUUCAAGAAGAUAUUAAUUCAAGGUUGAGUUAUCGGCAAGAACCAGGCAUGGAUUCUUCUCAAAUCCAAACGGAUUGGAGUCCAAAGAGAUACACAAGCCCCGAAGAAGAUUCUUCCAUUACUACUUUCAAGCCUAUCAAUCAAGAUUUUUCAUUGGACCAGCAGACAUUGAAUUCUAUAACCAGCUCCGAUAACAGUACACCAACCUGUCAGGGCUUAUCAGCUGGGUUUCCAAUGGAUUCAGCAUCAUAUGGCUGCCCAUCAACACUGUUACAAAGUUUGUUUGAACCUGAUCUUCAACCUCAACAACAUUCACUUUUCAACAACCGGUCAAUCAACUAUAUGUCUGCCACAUCCACUUUUGGGGCAAACGGUAAUGAAUUAUCACCUUCGUGGCCAAAACUAGCUCCUUUCAUAAGGCCAUCGUUGCCGAAGCAGCAGCCCAGUAGUUUGCACUUCUCCAACAACACGCCCUUUUGGAACGCCUCUGCCACAGGCAUAAACGACGUUAAAGCCGGGUUUUUACCCUCGCCGCAAUCACAAUUUCUUGUACAAACGCUUGAAGAGAAACCUAAUUGCCCCAGCCUCACGACAAAGACUAACGCCGAAGAAAUUAGAAACUCGGGGACGUCAGCGAUGAAGAAAGGAAGCAGUGAACCUCCAUUUAAAAGGACAAGAAUUGAAACGCCAUCGCCAUUACCAACUUUUAAGGUUCGGAAAGAGAAGAUAGGGGACCGAAUCACUGCGCUCCAGCAAUUAGUUUCACCUUUCGGAAAGACUGAUACUGCUUCUGUUCUGCAAGAAGCUAUUGAAUACAUCAAGUUCCUCCAUGAUCAAGUCAGUGUUUUAAGUACUCCAUAUAUGAAACAAGCAGCAGCUUCCAUACAACAACUACAGAGUACUGAUAAGUUGAAAGACCCAGAAGGGCCAAAGCAAGAUCUAAGAAGCCGGGGGCUUUGUUUGGUGCCAAUCUCGAGCACAUUCCCCGUUGCUAAUGAGACCACAGCUGAUUUUUGGACGCCAAAAUUUGGUGGAACUUUCAGGUAGAGAGAAAGACAAUUAAUAAAACUAAAGCGAGUUGUACAACAACUACUGUAGUAUUAGUUACUUACCAGCUCCGAGUCCGGCCAUAACUUCAAUUCAGAAUGUGGAAAAAGAAAAGAUAAUGGAAAACUUAGAAGGCUAUACAUUGCUUUACUGUACCAGUAGUCUUGAUAGACCUAGUGUGUUGGACAGAAACGAGCAUAGUGUGUUGGAGUACUGCUGGGCCAGCUACAACAGCAAAUGAGUAGGAACCCAACCCUCGAAGGAUUAAAAAAAAAAAAAAGGACGAUAAACAUAGGGUUUUUUUUUUUUUUUUUUUUGCUUUCAAUAAUCCAAGUAUUACUUAUUAGUUAUAGUUGGAGGAGAUCAGCAACGGGAACAAGUGCUAAAUUCAGCGAAAAUCGACAUGAAUUACCUAAUAUAAUAUAUAUAUAUACUUAGAUUAUUUAUUUUGUUGUUGUUUGUUGAUGUUAGUAGCUGAAUUUAGCAGAUGGGGAUUACAGAGACCCUUUUGUUCCUGUUGAGUAUUUCUAUAUAGGCAGCCACCCCUUUUGUCAUCAAAUUUACUAAAGGACAGAAAAUAAAUGAAGAGAUUAUUGUAUCUGAA